AUGAUCCAGGCCUUGAGCAGUAACUGGAUCUACUACAUAACGGCGGGACUCGCCACGCUUCCCGAAGAGACGCUUCACCACAUCAUUACAUGCAAGGAAUGGGAAGCUCUUGAGCAUGGCGAGAUCGGCGAGCACGAAGCUGUGCAGCGCAUCACGGCUUCGCUUUUCCUUCCGUCCGAGCAUGAGCGCAAGCUUGAGACGCUCUUCUACAAGAAUGCGUUCUCCAACUUUGGUGUUUCUCCUCAGGCCAUAGACCUUGGUUCGCAGGUGCUGCAAGGGAAAGCCUGGCUGCAGGGAAACGCGCGUCGUCUGGUGAACCAAAUCGAGGGCUCCGUGACCUUCGAGGACACCUUCUCACAGUUCCUUAUUAUGGAAGUCACGAACGACCUAUCGCUUCUGCGCCUUCAUCCACACAAGGAUCUCGAGACGAACGACGAUGUUCGCAAUACCAUGAACGUGGCGAAGAAGUGGAACUAUUUCCUCGACAAACCCGUCGGCACGACCAAGACAUUUCCACCAGACGUCGACUCCACUUCUUACGCGCUGCUUGCUUUCACACCGAACGUCGGCGUUGAUGAUCUCCUAGACAGUAUGCUUGCAAAUCGCAAUGGCGAUGGCCUGGUACAGACCUACUGGGACCCAACACGCCCGCGCGUCGACAUCUGCGUGCUCACCAACGUCGUCCGCGUGUUUUACAAGUACGAUCGAUCUGCCGAGAUCCAGGAAUCGCUCGCAUACAUUAGCGAAGGUCUGACUUCUGGAACGUAUAUGUCCGGCACACGACAUUACUGCACACCAGAAGUAUUCUUUUUCUUCGUGUCGCAGCUCGUCGCCGCCCACCCAUACGCCCCGGAGAUCCAAUCCUUACGCGUACCACUCGCCAAAGCUCUUGCCAGCCGCAUGGGUCUCUACGAGUUCGAAGUUACCCAAGCGGAACUCGAUCUUGCUGAAGCUAGUCAGGCCAAAGGUGAGAAGUACGAGGCAUACGUUCCAGAGGUGGAUUCUCUCGCUAUCACCUUGCGCAUCCUAGCCUGUCAGUCGCUUGGACUCCGCCCUAAAGGCAUCGACCAGGACAUCUCGCGCCUCGCAUCUCUCCAGUGCGAUGAUGGAGGCUGGCCUCUUGGAUGGGUCUGUCGGUACGGACGCUCGAAGCUCCGUAUUGGCAGUCGCGGCGUCACCACAGCCUACGCGGUCAAGGCUCUGGGCACAGAAGCCAUGAUGUCGGCGCAGAUAAUGAAUGUUGCACACCUUGAGCUCAACGAGCGUCCUCACCAGCACUACGGCCACCAGGAUAGGUUUAUUGCUGGUGUCGCGGGUCAGCAGCUUAGUGUUGGUCAGCCGUAG